AUGGAUAGAUUAAUGGAAUACACUCAUACUAUGUCGAAUUUUGAUUCUGUUUACAAUAUUUCCCCCAAACUUAUUCAUCAAUCUACAACGUAUAUUCCUAUAUCUUCAUCAAUAACUUCGUCAAUACUUUCAAAUAGAUCAUCAUCACCAUUAUUUCGUCGUUGUCAAUCUCCUCCUUUGAGACGACCAAUAUUAACUGAAUCAGGUCCAAAAUUUAAUUUUGAUUUAUAUAAAAGGGAUCAAAAUGAUGAUCAAUUUGAUAAGGAUUCUUUAUCUUCUUAUCGUUCGUUAUCGCCAACUUCUUCUAGAAUAAUUUAUCAUCAUCCAAUACAUUCUCCUCGAUCAUCUUCACUUUCUAAUUCAUAUGCACUAUCCAAAUUACAACAAAUUAAUGAUGAAUUAUGUCAGACACUUGCUCAAACAGAAUUAACUGAUCGAUCACCAGUACAUUAUCAUAUCCAUCAUUAUCCAUUAUCUCAACAUUCACCUAAAAAAUAUCGUUCUCGAUCAAUAAGUGAAGAACGUUCAUCGUCAACUGAAUUAGAAGUGUCACCAAAAAUACACAAAGCUCGAGUUACAUACAAAAUUCAUAUUCCACGACGACAUCAACAAUCUUCUCGUCAUAGGUCACCAGCAGAUGUUUAUUCCAAUGAUGAGCCGAAGUUUGUUGAUUUAUAUCCAACACGAGAUCAAGGUUUCGUAAAGCAGAUAAGAAAAAAUUCAGACAAUCAAAGUCCAUGGAUUGUAAAUGGUACGUCAGUUCGACGUUAUUCUUAUUCUGAUACAAAUACAUCACAAGUAUCCGAAACACCAAGAGGACCAUACUAUGGUGAUAAACCAAUUAAAUCACAUCGUCGAUCGGUUCGUGGCAAAGAACGUCCAUCAUCGAGUUCACGUUAUCAAUCACCUCCAGUUACAUCUCGUAAUCGUCCUGAUUCUGCUCCAUUUUAUGCAUCAGAUGAACAUCAAGAAUCGAAUGCUUCUUUUUCUAAUACUCUACCUAUCCGACGACCGAAUAGUUCUAUUAAACAAUCAGAACAUAUUGAUUCUCGUAUUCCAUCGUCAAAAUCUAAAUCAUCACUACAUGAAACUUCUCGAAAUUCAACUGACGUCAUGCAUAAAACAAAACAUAUUCGUACAUAUGAUCCUCAUAAUGAAUCAUCUUCAUCCAGAACACGUAGACCUAUAUGGCAUCCUUCAUCAAAAACUGUUUCUGGAAAGCCACCAAAAUAUUUUGAACUUUCUUUAAAAUCAGAGUACGAUGUACCAACUGGAAAACGUAUCAUUGAUGAAACAGAAUCAGAACCAGUAUCUCAACGAAAAACAGUAUCAAAUCGAACAAAAACUCGUCAUGAAGAUUCAAACCUUAAAAAACGUAAUGCUACUGUUGACAAUCAAGUAAAAUCAGCAUGGGAACCAACAGUGAAUGGUUUAUCAAAAUCAACUGUCAAAGAACCUAAACCAUCAACAACUACAAAUGCUGAUCAAAAUUCUUCACAUAAUGAAUCAACAAAACCAAUGAUUGAGCCAACAUCAAAAAAUCAAAAAACAGUAGAUAAACAUGAUGAGAGUAUUCAAGUUUCCUUUGAAAAUGAAUCAACAACAUCAGAACGAUCAAAAAAUCAAGACUCAUCUCAUCCAUCACCUAGCAUAGAAAAGCCACCAACGCCACAACCACCAAGAAAACCAUCAACUGAACUUCCAAAAACAACUGACGGUGCAUUAAUACGUAAAAAUAAUACAAAUAAUAUUCAUGAUGAAAAUCAGCCAUCUUUACCUACAGCCGAUGCUAAUAAUAAUAAUAAAAUUACUGAUAACAAGGAAGAAAAAUCCGAUAGUCAAAAUGAACAACCAAGAUUAUCACCAAGUUCUUCACCUAAAAUUUCCACAUCUAAACGAAAAACCCCAUCACCAAAAUCAAAUAAUAAAAAUGAUGAACUAAUAAAUGAUAAUGAUCGUGAUGAAAAUGAUGAAGAAGUUGCAAAUAGUUUUGACGUUAAUAAAUGGCUUGAUGAUGCAUCAAAAGCUAUCUUAGGUCCUUCACGAAAAGAUGAUACUGUUAUUCCUUCUCAACCACUUCCAAAACCUACAGUAAAAAGUCCACCUCGUCGAAAACAACCAUCACCAUCACGAUCUUCUGAAGCUUCAGAUCAAGAUUUAUAUAAUCCUCCAUUUGGUCCAAAGAGAAAAAAUCAACAACCAGCUAUUCCUCCUCCACCACCACCUCAACCAACGACAACAACAACUACAACAACAGCAGGUGAAACAAAUGAAGUUGAUGAUUUUUUUAGUUAA